GGUAGUGUAAAUUUUCGCGAACUUUUCCCACCAGAUCUUGAAACGCUUAUAAACAGCACCACCAUGAAACCCGCUUUACACAUCGGACUUUGACGUCGUAAGACUCUCAGACAAUCAGCGCCAGCCGAAAUGUCUCCGACAGCUCUUCAGAGACGCAGUACGGCAUUGGAUUUCUGUACACGAGAAAAGAGAAAACAGCGCAAGCCAAUUGUAGAGAAAAUUCGCAGAGAUCGUAUCAAUGCCAGCAUCGACAAACUGAAAACAUUAUUAUGCAAACAAAUGAAAGAAAAGAAGCCCAGCUUGAAGCUGGAAAAGGCUGACAUCUUGGAGGUGACCGUUCAUUUCCUGAAAGAGAAAGUCAAGUGCAGCUCCAGUCCAGGCUGCAAGAAGGGCUUCAGCAAUUGUCUACAGGAGACCUUCAGCUACCUGCCUCUACACGUCCCUCAGCAACCAUCUGAGCAAGUGGCCAUUAGGAGUUUCACUACAGACCAAGGGACGACCUUCCAGAAAAGAGCAGCAACCACAAUCAAAUCAAGUUCUGCUGCAGGUUCAUCACUGUCACACCAGCAGUGUCAGGGAUCUCUGUGGAGGCCGUGGCAGAUGAAUGGACAGUCUGCCAUGGAAGACCUUCUCUAAUCAGGGAGCUUCCUGCUUCUAUAAGGACCUUUAUGGUAUCUUCACAAGUGAACCCAGGUUUGAUUUUGACCAUGUUCACCGUUCCUCAGGUCUGUAGCCUACAUAACACUGCAGAGGGAAGUGUGAUGCAGUGUAAAUGUCAUGUGCAACUUAAGCACUUACUGAUCCUACAGUAGCAUUGUUUUUUGUACAAUAUUUAUAUUUUAACUAUACACUUUGUAAAUCUUCUAUUAUUUUAUAUUACCCAUUG